CCACCUGUAGCAGGCAGCGACUCUAGAGCUCUGUUAUACCCCGUUAUACUGGCAGGACACGGGACUUCAUAACCUCCUCAGAAAAAAAACCCCGUUUCCUUAAAAGUUACAUCUUAGACCUGAACCAUGUUUCUCAGAUGUCUGCCUGUCGUGUUUCUCCUGGCUGCUGUCGUCAAAGGAAUGGCAACGACAGAGCCUCAAAGCUCAAAUUCAAGCAGCGACCACACAACCAAGAAUUUUACAGCUACCACCACAGAGACCAUCACAGUAUUCAACAGCACCGCGACAGAGAACAGUAACGACACCAUCAGCAGAAGCACAACUGACUCCCCGUCAGCUCCAACCAGUGGUGAUGUCACAUCCACUGCAAACCUAGAGACAAACCAACCUACCAACGCUAGUGAGACUACAAAUACAACCACCACACCAACCACACACACCAACAAUGACACAACUUCACUGACACCAACCACACACACCAACAAUGACACAACUUCGAUCACACCGACCACACACACCAACAAUGACACAACUUCGAUCACACCGACCACACACACCAACAAUGACACAACUUCGAUCACACCGACCACACACACCAACAAUGACACAACUUCACUGACACCAACCACACACACCAACAAUGACACAACUUCGAUGACACCGACCACAAACACCAACAAUGACACAACUUCGAUGCCACCAACCACACACACCAACAAUGACACAACUUCGAUCAUACCAACCACACACACCAACAAUGACACAACUUCGAUGCCACCAACCACACACACCAACAAUGACACAACUUCGAUCAUACCAACCACACACCCCAACAAUGACACAACUUCGAUCACACCGACCACACACACCAACAAUGACACAACUUCGAUGACACCGACCACACACACCAACAAUGACACAACUUCGAUGACACCGACCACACACACCAACAAUGACACAACUUCGAUGACACCGACCACACACACCAACAAUGACACAACUUCGAUCAUACCGACCACACACACCAACAACGACACAACUUCGAUGACACCGACCACACACACCAACAACGACACAACUUCGAUGACACCGACCACACACACCAACAACGACACAACUUCGAUGACACCGACCACACACACCAACAACGACACAACUUCGAUGACACCGACCACACACACCAACAAUGACACAACUUCGAUGACACCGACCACACACACCAACAAUGACACAACUUCGAUGACACCGACCACACACACCAACAAUGACACAACUUCGAUGACACCAACCACACACCCCAACAAUGACACAACUUCGAUCAUACCAACCACACACACCAACAAUGACACAACUUCGAUCAUACCAACCACACACACCAACAAUGACACAACUUCGAUGCCACCAACCACACACACCAACAAUGACACAACUUCGAUGCCACCAACCACACACACCAACAAUGACACAACUUCGAUCAUACCAACCACACACACCAACAAUGACACAACUUCGAUCAUACCAACCACACACACCAACAAUGACACAACUUCGAUGCCACCAACCACACACACCAACAAUGACACAACUUCGAUCAUACCAACCACACACACCAACGACACAACUUCGAUCAUACCAACCACACACACCAACAAUGACACAACUUCGAUGCCACCAACCACACACACCAACAAUGACACAACUUCGAUCAUACCAACCACACACACCAACAAUGACACAACUUCGAUCAUACCAACCACACACACCAACAAUGACACAACUUCGAUGCCACCAACCACACACACCAACAAUGACACAACUUCGAUCACACCAACCACACACACCAACAAUGACACAACUUCGAUCACACCAACCACACACACCAACAACGACACAACUUCGAUGACACCGACCACACACACCAACAACGACACAACUUCGAUGACACCGACCACACACACCAACAACGACACAACUUCGAUGACACCGACCACACACACCAACAAUGACACAACUUCGAUGACACCGACCACACACACCAACAAUGACACAACUUCGAUGACACCGACCACACACACCAACAAUGACACAACUUCGAUGACACCAACCACACACCCCAACAAUGACACAACUUCGAUCAUACCAACCACACACACCAACAAUGACACAACUUCGAUCAUACCAACCACACACACCAACAAUGACACAACUUCGAUGCCACCAACCACACACACCAACAAUGACACAACUUCGAUGCCACCAACCACACACACCAACAAUGACACAACUUCGAUCAUACCAACCACACACACCAACAAUGACACAACUUCGAUCAUACCAACCACACACACCAACAAUGACACAACUUCGAUGCCACCAACCACACACACCAACAAUGACACAACUUCGAUCAUACCAACCACACACACCAACGACACAACUUCGAUCAUACCAACCACACACACCAACAAUGACACAACUUCGAUGCCACCAACCACACACACCAACAAUGACACAACUUCGAUCAUACCAACCACACACACCAACAAUGACACAACUUCGAUCAUACCAACCACACACACCAACAAUGACACAACUUCGAUGCCACCAACCACACACACCAACAAUGACACAACUUCGAUCACACCAACCACACACACCAACAAUGACACAACUUCGAUCACACCAACCACACACACCAACAAUGACACAACUUCGAUCAUACCAACCACACACACCAACGAGACAACUUCAAUCACACCGACUGCACAGACGAACAACAACACAACUUCGAUCACACUAACCACAGAGACCACCAAUGGCACAUCUUCCAUCACUCCGACUGCACAGACCAACAGCAGCACAACUUCGAUCACUCCAACUGCACAGACCAGCAACGGCACAACAGCUACAAGUACAGUAACCCCAGAAAACUCUACAUUAACUACAACUGCACUAACAAACUCUACUAACACCUCUCCUGAGUCUCCCACAUCUACCACUUCACCCUCAACUAUCACCACAAACACAACCAGUAGAACAGAAAUGACCACACUCCCACCUGGACCCCCAUCCUCUUCACCUACCUCCAACUCCACCUCCAGCUCUACCCCUCCACAUCCCCCCUCAGGCAAUAGCACCGUACCCCCCGAAGGAAAUACCACCACCCUAACUCCCUCAACAACAACCUCAGGAGUUGAAACCACAACUGUGACUCAUUCCACUAAACCAGUUAGUGGCAUGACCACAACCUCGCACAACACCACUAAUCCGACCACCACCACCAUGAAUACUGGUACCACCAUCACUGCCACCAGCCUGAAACCAACAGAGACCACCACCAACUCCACUGUAGCCCCACUCAUCCCUACCCAGGGUCCAGUUAUAGAGUGUCCCUCCAUCCCAUGCCCACCUGACAGCGUCUGUCUUAAUGGUACCUGCCAGUGUCUCGCUGGUAGCUUCUUCCAGAAUGGCCGUUGCACACCCGCCCGAGUGUUCCCAGGCCGGCUUCAUCUCACCUCCUUGACAUUUCAAAAUCAAAUGCUCAACAGGUCCUCAAGUCUAUUCCAGCAGACGGCAGCUAAUAUCUCAGCAGCGCUCAGAGAUGUCUUCAGAAAUGACGUGGGGUACAUAAGAUCUGAUGUUGUUGAACUUCAACCAGGAAGUGUGCUAGCAACUGUAAAUAACGUCUUUGAAAACAACGCCCCCGCCUCUCAAGACUCUGUUGAUCAAUCCAUCAAUCAGGCCAUAGCAAACUCAGAAACUCCAGGCGCAUUGUUGACUGAUGCUUCAUUCACAGUUACAAACCUGUGUAAGCAGGAGCCAUUACCUUGUGAUGUCUUCACUACAACAUGCCUAAGUACAAAGGGCCGGGCUACUUGUUCCUGUAAGCCAGGCUACAUCGCCAUCGUGUACUCAAAUACCAGUUGCAAAGCUUGUCCAAGUGGGCAGAGGGCAGCGGGAAACACCUGUGAACCAUGUCCAUUUGGAUAUGCUGGCUUCAACUGCAACGACUCGGCUCUGCUGGCAGUGGUGGUGAUCUCCUGUGUACUAGGAGGAGUUCUUCUCAUCCUUGUCUUGGCUUUGCUUAUUUACUGCUGCUGGACAUGCUCAAAGAGCAAGCAAGAAUACGGCAGCAGUCCUUACUCAUCAGGUGAGGUAAAUCAGCCCUGGCCCACUGGCAUCACACCCAUCCCUCGUGCCUCCACUAACUGGGAUGCAACUCCUCCCAUCGAGAUGACAGAAGGGGGCAGCACUCAUACCUUGGUGGACAAAAAGCAUCAAACCAACGGAUUGGGGUUUCAUCCGAAGCAGAGAGGAUGGAAAAAGACGGGAUCAUAUGAUCUCAACCCAGAUGGAAUGAAAACCUUCAAAGGUAAAAAUCCAUCCCGUUAUUCAUAUCUGGUUCAAGGCCACGAGAACCCCUACUUCUUACCAGGAGAUGACAAAAAAAACUGAACAUCUGGGCAGCUGGAGAUCCGUGUAGGAGUUCGGAGCAAAUCAAAAAGAAGUCACUUAUUUGAAACUCUGGGACCACAUUUCCUGAGCAUGACGAGGUUGUUUAUAAAGGUACUUCACAGUUUGGGACUUUUCUGGUUUAAUGACAAAUCACAAAGGACAUUUCUUAAAAGAAAACUUGGAAACAGCCACCAAAGAGAUUCAUUAAACACAAGCAAGAACUCCUGUACAUUAUUUUUUUUAAAAGUGAGAUUGUAUUCAUCAUGCCUGCUCUUUGCAGAGAGCUAAAUGUUGCUGAUUAUAACCUGUAGAUGUCGCUGUUGCUCAGUUUCAUUCUCCUACUGUUUUUAAAGGUACGGUUGACUUUUCUAAGCUUUAAAGAAAUCCACCUGUAGUCUUUUAAAAUUAAGCUUAUUUUGCUAAUUGCACUUGAGUGUGUGUUAAGUUUACCACCAGUUUCCCCCUGAAAUCAUGGGUAAAUUGAAUGUGGGCUUUCUGGGGCUACUAUAUAUUUUUCUUAUGAUUAUUUUUUAGAUAUAAAUCUUGAAUGACUAAAGGGGCUGGAUCCCUGGUUCUGGGUAUUUUUAAAGGGAUUUAUACUGUAGCAGUACUCUGUAUUUGUUGAAGCCACACUUGCAAAAUGUGCCUGUUUUGAUGAUCUAUUUGACAAAUAGGAAACAUUAUGCAAAGCUGGUGAUAAAGCCUGUCUGCUGGAUGUGCCAAUUAUCACUUGAAUACAUUUCUUUUGAAGACUUAUAUAUAUAUAUAUGUUUAUUUUUUCGUGUCUGAGACAGUGCACUAUUUUAUAAGUGUGUCAAGUUUCUGUAAAUAAUUGAACAUCUUUUUUUGCAGAAAGUGUGUUUAUGUGUGGAUUGGUAAUAAAUUAAUUUAAACACAA